AUGGGGAUGAUCCGGGGCCCGCGACGCCGCCGCCUUCGCCCACGCCGCUGCCCGAUCCGCAGCCCGCCUCUCAGCCCUCGUCACGGCGCUCUGUUGGCCUUCUUGGCGGGAGAGCCCGACCCGCAAGCCCUGCUGCCUGCCCCUCUAGCCCUGCCUCCUGAGCCUCCCAUGGAGGGGCCCCCGCCGCCCCCACAGCCCCCGCUGCCGCCUCCCUCGCUAGUGCGCCAGAACUACCACCCGGAGUGCGAGGCCGCCCUCAACAAGCACAUCAACCUGGAGCUCCACGUCUCCUACGUGUACCUGGCCAUGGCCUUCUACUUCGACCGCCAGGAAGUGGCCUUGAAGCACUUCGCUACCUUCUUCUUGUGGCAGUGGAGGGAGGAAUGGGAGCAAGUGCAGACGCUGAUGCGGCUGCAGAACCAGCGAGGGGGUCGCAUCCGCCUGAGCGACAUCCGGAGGCCUGACCGAAGCCGCUGGGAGAGCGGCCGCGCGGCCAUGAAACACGCCUUGCAGAUGGAGAGGAUGGUAAACCAGAGCCUGCUCGGUCUGUUCCACCUGGCUACCAUCAAGAACGACGCCCACCUGUGUGAUUUCCUGGAGCAUCACCACCUGCGCCAGGAUGUGAGGUUCAUCAGAAACGUGGCGGCAAGUGUCGUCAACCUGCGCAGGCUGGGGGCUCCCGAAGAUAGCCUGGCGGAGUACCUCUUUGGCAAGCUCACCCUGGGCGGCAGCGAGAACUGAGCCGGGACUGCUUGACUGAUAGCCGC